AUGGCGUUAAGUUCGGACUCGGCGGUAUUGAUAGGAUUUAUAGCGACUCUUGGUGUUGUUGGUAUUGCUGGUGCUGCAACGCUUGUGGUGUUUGUGUGUCUGAGGUGGCGGGAUUACCGGAAACGCCGCGCGGUCACGGUGGCGCCACUUCCGUCUCGUCAGCGUUCAAGACGUCGCCGCUCACGUCUGAGCCACAACAUUCAUGGGCCACUGCCGCCGCCAUACUCAGAUGAAGACUGCCCGCCGCCCUACACCGCCGUGGACGCAUCUCCUCACCUCCGGCGCGAGGACAACACACGCGGGAGCAUAAGCGGCCAGCUGACGCCUGUUCCCGAAUCUGCAAGGGGCGGAAACGUUGCAUUACAUCGAAACCCACAUUUUGGAACGCAUUUAAACACCGGAGGUACCAAUACACCUGUCGCAACUCCCGGCGGAAGUAUGUUCCGGUCGUCAGUGCCGAGCACGCGCGAACAUUCGGCGUCAUCUCAUGUGCGCUCGAUGGAUAUGGUGCAUUUAGACACUAGAGCGCAUCCAUUGGAUGUUCCACAUCUAACGUUUUCUAACACGAGUGAAAAUGGUUGA